UUGUCUAUUGUUGUAAUUAUAUUUACGAUUAAAUAAAAAAUUUGUGUGUUAUAAGUAUGGAUUAUAAAUUAGUUUUAUGUAUCUGAUAUCUAAAAAUAAUUGAUUAAGUACUAAAUUAUUAUAAAAGUAUAAGGACUAAAUUCAAGUGCAAUGAAUAUUAGAAUUUGGUGAGAAAUCUAAACGUUUAAUUCUUCCGAUAUGGUUUAUAAAUAAGAAUUUUUUUCGGUUAGCUGAAAACUAAAAUUAUUUACUAUAGAUUUAAACUAAUUAAAUCAUAUAAAAGAUCAAAUACAAAACAAACAAGAUUAAAAUGACCUAUCAAUUAUAUCCAUUGAGCACGAAGUUGCUAAAUCUAUUAAUCUAUAGAUUAUGAAGAUAUUAACGAUUUCACGUCAAAAAAUAAAAAUAAAGAAAAAGAAAUAUUUUAUCGGUAUUAAGCAUAGGUUAAAGUUCUAAAUUAAGUUUUUUUUUCUUGAAAAUAAACAUUUCUAUAGUAUAUAAAUAUUAAAUAUAUGUAUAAUAUUUUUAUUAAUUGUAUGAAUAUUUCCAAUUUAAAUCGUCUAUAAUAAUCCGUUUUUGACACACUUUAGAUCACAUGCAUUUUGAAUUGGUGACUUAUAGCGGCAAUAAUAUUAUGUUGUGCGCCGGGUUAAAUAAUUUGUAGAUUCGGCACUGAUCAUAGUACAUCUUUAUACUACUCAUAUAAAUUAAUAUGAAUAAAUAAAUAAUAUAAACCAUAAAUCUAGUAAAUAUAAAAAAACAAUAUUAUCGAAUUAAUAAGUAUAAUAGAAUAUACUAUAAACAAACAAGUUUAUUUAGAUAAAUGUCCCUAUAAUUAUUAUAUAUUUAUGUAUACAACUGCGAAUAAUUGUUAAAAUUAUUAUUUAAUUACCUUCCAAUAAGUAUCUUUAUAAUUAAUAAUUAAAAUAACAAUAUAAUAUCUAAAACGUGUGUGGUUAUUAUGUUUGAAUACUCCAUAAUAUUGUUUUUUAAAUUUUAAAUAAUAAAAUGAAUAGUUUAACGGUUAAGAUUUUUAUUUUUAUAAUACAUCUAUACCUAUUAGAAAAUGCAAUUACAGAGGAUGUUAUAGUUUUUUAUAUUUUAGAACUUGGUCAAUCGUCAUGUAGAUACUCAGGUAAUCAUGAUGACAGCAAUGAAGGGAGUUAUAAAGAUAAAUUAGAGUUAAGCAAACUACCAGAGAAUGAAUGCACGUCUUAUAUCUAUUAUGGAAUGUCAUGUUCAGACGAUUCGAAAAUUGUACCGUUCGAAUCUCCGGAUGAUUUAACAAAUAUUAAAUCACUUACUAAUUUUAGCUCCAAGGUUUUUAUAUUUUAUGGACAAACAUCUAUAGAUUUUUGGUCAUCUGAAAAUUUUAAUGAUAAAAUUGAAACUGAAGCACAAAAUUUGAAAGAAUUUAUUGACGAAUAUCCUGUAGCGGGGUUAAUUUUGACGAAAUUAGAAUAUCCUGUUGUAACUGACAACUUUUAUGAAAAAUUUCAAUCAUACGUCGCAAGUUUAAAGUCUAAAAAUCCAAAACUAAAAAUUGGUUUGUAUUUUAAAGCUUUAACAAUGGUAUUAUAUCCUGCAAAUGAUAUAAAUUGGUUUGAUUUUUCAAAGAUAAAUGACAUUAUGGAUUUCUAUCUAAUUACAUUUCACGACUUUAAUAUAUGUUAUGAGGAAAUAAUGCAUAUUGGAACUACUCCUUUGGAACUGGCUGAUCCAAAUGUUCAUUCCUUAGUACAAUUUGCUGCUACUUUAACCGUUUCAGCACUUGCAAAGGAAAAAGUGUAUUUAGAAUUUGUAUUAACUCCUUCGGUGUAUUCUGUUCAUUCAGGUGUUAAGCAUUGUGAAGUAACGUAUGACCAGUAUUGUAAACGCGAUUACAGAGAUAGUUGGUGUGCUGACAAUGCAACAACAUUCUAUGAAAAAGGUGUAUUUGCAAAACAAUAUGCUGCAGGAUGGGUAGGUAGCGAUAUAGAUUUAAUUGAUCGUAACAUAAGUUGUGGAUGUAAUGGUGAUCAGUUCUUUUCGUUUCAUAUGAUAUUAGAUGGCUACAAAAAUAAGACAAUGAGGACUUGCGAUUUUAAGUUUGGUUAAAUAUUUGCAGUAAUCAAGAUUGUCUAAUGAUGUAAUUAUAUUUACGAUUAAAUAAUAAAUUUUUUUGUUAAAAGUA